AUGUCAAUUGAUAUUGACAAGUUGGCCUGUGCCAUCGAAAACAAGUCACUGUUCGCCAAAAGAGACAGGACCCCCAAGACCCAGGCAUCUAUCAAUGAUACCUUCUACAAGCUUCCAGCCAUCAACGAGACGCUUGCACGAACGUUGCCGUGGAAGUCGGACCCCAACUACUUCCGCAAAGUGUAUAUUUCUGCCAUUGCGUUGAUGAAGAUGACGUUGCACGCCAAAAGUGGCGGCAGUAUCGAAGUGAUGGGGAUGAUUACUGGCAAGAUCAUGGAAGGCGCCAUCGUGGUGAUGGACGUGUAUGCGUUGCCAGUGGAAGGGACUGAAACGCGAGUCAAUGCUCAGGCUGAAGGCUAUGAGUACAUGGUACAGUACCUCGAAGCCAGCAAGAGGUUGGGGACCCGCAAUGAGAACAUCGUAGGCUGGUACCACUCGCAUCCUGGGUACGGGUGCUGGCUCUCUGGGAUCGACGUGAGCACGCAGGCGUUGAACCAGAACUUCCAGGACCCGUACUUGGCGUUGGUUAUCGAUCCUAUCAAGACAGCAGCUCAAAACAAGGUGGAGAUUGGGGCGUUUCGGACGUAUCCCGAGGAUCAUGCCAGCAGCCACGGCACCAGCAAGAGUGGGGUGAGCCAGAGCCUGCGCAUCUUGCCCAAGGCCAAGCGUCGGGACUUUGGCAUCCAUUCCGACAAGUACUACUCCUUAGACAUCGAGAUUUUCUACAGCGCAGUGGAU